AUGCAACCGUCAAAAUGUUGGUCUUUUUCUCAUUCCCUCUCUCCACCAACACUCAUUCCCCUCAUAACCUACAUCCUCUUCUCACUUCUCUCAGUUUCCUUCAUACCGAAUCUCUAUACAUUUUCAUCAGCAAAACUUGUCAAGUAUUCAUCCAGUGACCAUUCCAAGAAUCUUGGAAUUAUGAAUGUCACCAUUGAAGAACUCUCCAUUCGAGAAUACUAUGAAGUCAUCCGAGAAUUUGAUUGGAAUGUAUCAAACAACACACCAAAAUCUUAUUAUCAUAUCAUUCAUAUUCGAUCCCAUCAAAUUGCUGUGACUCCAAAACCAUUCAUCACUUUCAAUACGAGUGGAGUGAAAGAUUCCGAUAUGGACAAUUAUUAUGACACUCUUUUGACCAGGUUCGAAGAGAUUGAAAAUCCCUAUGAGAUGCUCAGAUUCUUGUCGUCCUUUGCGAAAAACUUUGUAGAACCUCAAGCAUGUUGUAGUGCCGAUGAUGAUGGUAUGAUGGUUGGAUGGACCUAUACGGAGGAUUAUUUUGCAAGACAUAAUUGGAGUAUGACACUUGGAGUUAGUGACUUUGAAUGGGUGUCACCUUAUUCCAAGAUGAAUAAGUAUUCAAUCUAUUCAAAUGAUCAUCCCAAUAAUAUUGUUAAUAGUUUUGAUCAUACUAUUAAAAGAAGAGUGCAUGAAGAAUUAUGGAAGACUCAUGCCGAGAAGACACAAUCGACUCAUUCAGCAAAUGGAGUGAAUAUCAAACAAAAGAAAACCUCUCUAAGUGGAGCCAAUUUUAAUGUGAAAUUGGGAGAGACACAUUGGUUAUUGGAUCAAUAUUGGGCCAGUCGUUCAGCAAUUGCCAUGGAAAUUGAUUUGUUGGAUCACUUGUUUUUAAAUUUAAAGAAUAAUUUGUAUUUACACACUUCAAAAAUGAACAACUCCUUGACAUUGGAUGAAUUACAAAAAUUCCCAUUUAAUGACAUGUUCAAAGCCAUCCCAACAGAAGGUGUCAAGUCGAUACUCGUUUUGAAAACAUCCUUUCCAGUGGACCUCUCAGCCAACAUCACACAAACAUUCACACCGGAACAAAUUGAUGAAAUUUCGGGAGUGAUUCAAGAAGACAUUAUGAAUAUUGUGAACACUCUUGAAACUUUUAAAGUCCAUUACCCAGAUUGUAAAAUUCUCAAUUCAACUGCUACACACGAUAUGAGAAAUUAUCACAUUGCCCUAAUUCGACUCAUUAUGGGUUUUGGAUGGAUCAAUACCAAACAAUAUCUCUCAAUCGUUGUUUAUUUGGCGCACAUCAAUGCUGACGUCUAUCAUGGAGCAUUUGAGGCACCCUUCACUUCCUAUACAAAUUAUUUCUAUUGGAAGGCAAUGAAAAAAUUAUAUGAGAAUGGAUAUUUGGAUACUGUGAUCAAUUCACCUGAAUUUGACGUUGGUUUUAACACAUCCGCUCCAUUCUGUUCCAAACAUUUAGUGUCACUUUUCAUGCUGUGGAGACAAUAUGCUCAGUAUAUAAUUUCAGAAAGAUUCACACCAACAACAUGUUUUAGUUCUUAUAAUUCCUAUCUCUCCAUGUAUCACUAUAAUUAUGUGGAUGCCUAUGGAUACUUUAUUUAUAAGGAUGUUAUGCUUUACUUGAUUGUUUUUGUAGGAAUAAUUUUCUAUAUUGGACUAUUUUUGACCUAUUUCAUUAACAGAAAGACUGGAAAUAUUACGGUGAGAAGAAGAUUCUUAUUACCAUUCGUUGGACCACUCUGUUUUAUGGCUCUUCCUAUUUACUUUAUUGAACCUGUUUGGAAUAAUCAGUAUAUUGACAUCUUUCGAUCAAAAUCAUCAUUUUCAGUGACUGGAAUUUAUCCAAACUUUUUCAUUUCACUAUUUUUUGCAACCUACAGUGUGACCGUAUUGAGAUUUUAUUAUUUAAAGAAUUUAUAUUGGAUCAUGAACAAAAUGGGCACUAGUAAGACAAGUUCCAAAAACAUGAAAUUUCACAAAAUUAUGGUCUCCAAACCAGCCUCAAUUGUUUCAACAAUAAUUGUCACCAUUUUUGUGUUUGGAUGUUGGCUCGCUUAUUAUUUUAAUGUUUAUGGAAGUACGGACGUUCAAAGCAUUUCAGCCUAUAAUACUCAAUUAGAAAUGCUUUUAUUGGUUCCAUUCGCAUCAUUGGUGAUUCUACUUUCUCUCAUUUGUAUUGUAUGUCUUGUGGUGGAUUUAGUUGCCAAUCGAAAGAAAGUGCAACAACAAGGAUUUAAAAAGUUUUUCCUUGAUGAUCCCUUCUACUUGAGAAUUGAUUUGGCCUUCAUGUUUGUCGUGGCAGCACUCGCUUGUUUCAUUUAUUUGGGCCUUGGAUCAGAAACCACACAAGCUUCAAAAGCUCUUUUAUUUAUUCUUCUUGUGAUUUGUUAUUUGGUUGUGGGUGGAAAUGUGAUCAUUUAUGAACUGACCAUGUCUCUCUUGUAUUUCAUACGAUAUGGAUCCUCCAAAUAUACUCGAUUGCAAUCAGAAAGUCAUCGAAAACCAUUAUUUGAAAUUCUCAUUACAGAUCCAACAUUUCGAAAAAUGUUUCGAGAAUAUUCCACAAGUGAAUAUGCAGUAGAGAAUUUACAAAUGUAUGAAGAAUUGGAAAAAUUGGAAAAGAAUUCUCCAUAUGUGAGUUUGGAAGACUUGCAAUAUAUUGAGGAGCAAUUUAUGAAACGAUUUUCUCCUUUUGAAGUGAAUAUUUCAGCAUCAGCUCGAAAACAAUUUAAUGAAUUGUUGGAAAGAGCCCAAAAUACUCGAGAUUAUGAAUACUCAUCACAAGUGUUAUUUAGUGACUUGAAGAAUGCAUUGCAUGGUCAAAUAAUGCUCAAUAUUAUGGAUACUUUUUCUAGAAAGGAAUUAACAUCAGAAUUUAAGAAAUGGAAAGAAACUAAGGAUUUACAAAAAGAAAUUGAACUAGGCCAAUAA